AUGGAAUUGGCCAACAGAUGCAUGAAUUCAAAUCCGUUGGCGCGACCAAGCGCAUUUGGCAUGUAUUGCGAACUAGAUAAACUUUUUGACCUCCUAGUGAGCUCCGACGUCCUUCUCCCACCGCUUUCCAAGUCAACGUUAAGUCAUGAGGCGUUAGAAUUCGAACAAGCGGAUGAAAUAAUUCCCACUUUGUCGGUAAAAAGGGAAAUCCACCCGCAGGCGAUUUACUCGAGUCGUCUCAUAAAUUCGAAAGUAAAAACUAGCAUAAUCGUUCAAUCGAGCGCAGAGGAUAAAUUUGUGAGGGAGAGAUCCGAAAUUUAUGGAAUUUGCUUACACUGCAAACGGUUUUGCACCAAUUUUGGGUGGUGCCAAUCAUGUGAUCCAAUAAUAAUAAAUCAGGGACUGAUGAGCGGGAAUAGAGAGUUGGAUAAUUUUAUUAAAGCAAUUCAGCAUAGUGUUACGUCAUACGGAAAGGUGAUAGAAUGGAUACCCUUCAGUAAAUUCAAAGACAUCAAAAUGGUCGGCGAAGGGGGUUUUAGCAAGGUGUAUUCGGCCACUUGGAUCGGUGGAGUGAGACCAGAAUUUAAAUCUGAAAAACGUCACAACGAAAUGUGUACUGUCGCUCUCAAGAGCUUAAAGAGUGAUUCCAACCAAUUCUUGCAAGAGGAGUUAGAAAAACUUUAUCGCAUACUAUUUGGAGAGUCAAAGCUGAAUCAAGAGGAGCUGGCGGUCAAAAAAGAAUUUGACAAAGCUGACGAAAUAAUUCCUACUUUAUCAAUCGAAAGUGAAACGCAUCCGCAAGCUGUCUACACAAGUCGACUUAUGAAUUUUUCGGAUGUUCUCAGCUGCGAAGGAGCUGCAAGUCCUUCUCGGGCAAUUCCGCUGCAAGACAACGAUGGCACAAUUAGAUAUUAUCCCCAAGCCCUGGUAAAGCAGAUGCAGUUUCCUGCACAUCCGGAAUUUGAAACAUACGACAUUACGGCAUUGUUUAGUUCCUCGGCCAACUUAUUUUUCAAAGGUGAUUCCGCGAUACAACUCGACCAAUAUGAUUUCGAAUACAUCGUCACUCAUGAUUAUCUUCCUGAAGUUUUGGCCUUGACUCCAUACCCUCAGUUUUUGGAUGACAUUACAGAUGUGAAUCAACCUGUCACAUACACGGGCUUUGUCGAAAUGGCCUUCGAUGGAUACAUACUAUUGACUGACUUUGGUGAUACGGUAAAGAUGACGACCCUAGCACAACGGAUAGACCAUUUUACGUCCACAGGAGAAAAGUUCACAUCGGUAGACUCAUUCUCAAAUGCAUUUGUAAGCUCUUCGCAAUACGCGAUCGGAAACAAUUUAUUGGUCGCAGCUCAAACUCCAUACACCAUGAAGUUCGUGACGAACGGCUCUAGUUCUGUUUUCCUUGAAACAAAACUAAUCUUUACCGCUGGUUCUAGUAUUACUCACGUGGAUACAGCGUACUCGUCCACACCUGACUUUUUGAUGGUGUACAAGGCCGAACAAGGCAUUAGUCUUGAUGAACUUAUCAAAAUAAACGGAAACGCGCCAGGCGGGGCAAUAGGUCCUAAUCUCACCAAAAUCAUGGAAACCUUGGGAUAUGCCACUCCCGACAACCCAUCACCCUAUAGGCCCACCCUACCGAAAUCAAAUACGGCCACCAAGAACCUUCACCCUUCCCCAAGCAUGCCGAUCGGUUUAAUUGUCAUCAUCAUUUAUCUAUUAAUCUAA